AUGUUAGUUUUCAGUGCUACAAUGCUAUUUGUUGUUGUGGGUUCUUUACUUGAGGUUUCAUCUUCUUUAGUUGAUGAUUACUUAUGGAGACGCAGUAUAAUCAACAGAUCCAUUCCAGUCUACGAUAUUCCUCCCAAGGAUAAAUACGUUCAAUUGUACAUUGAGACUUGCACUUCUACCAGAGAGUAUCUCAAUAACCAAUUAAAUGUCUGCAUUGAUAACGGUUCCAAAUUUCAAUCAUCCAGAUAUAUGGCUAAAUGCUUCGUCGAUUACUCUGAAGGCCUACGCAAGGAUGCCAAGUUUUGUGACUUUAACGUUGAGAAGAUGCUUGUCGAAGCUUACUUCAAAUACUCGAAAGAGUAUGCGCAUUUGCUGGUCUAUUCAGCCUCUGUCGUAGCUGCAGAAUACCGUCGUUCUUUUUUGAACAAUACGAAAGUGCUUUCUGCACAGAUCACUGGUAAAGUGGUCUCUCUAUAUUACGAUCAAUUUAUUCCAGCCUAUAAAGAAGUCUUGCAUUCUUCUUCCAGGCUGUACAACAACUAUUUAAUUACCGGCUAUCAGAAGACGCUCGCGGAAAGUGGUCAUCUAUAUGAUGAAUACGUUAAUGGUAAGGUGAAACCAUGGUCCUCGAACGUCUAUCACUCAGUGAAAUCGCUUCCUGUAUGGGAACACAUUGAUAAAAAGUUCGAAGAUGCACGCCUUGGAGGAUACAGGAGGGGACGGGAAGUGGUCGUUUUGUUUGGAAACUGUAGGAGGUAUAUUGAAGGGCAAUUGGGAUAUUUAGGUUAG